AUGGCACUGCCUGCGUGUACAGCUCAGGCGCUCGGGCCGCCUCUGCAACCCGAGCGAAGAGCGCCCGCCCGCACCACCUGUCCCCGCCGGCAUUCCAGAGUCGAGGCCGAUUUGGCAGCCAGCCGGCCGGGCUCUGUCGCCGCCUCAGUCCGCGCGGGACCUCCUAGGGGUGUGUCUCGCGGACUCAACUCCCCGCGGCUCCCGGACGAGCCCCUGAAGGCGUUUUCCUUCCUGGCGGGAGCCGCACGCACUCCUCUCUCCGCACUGCUGCCCCGAGGCCGCCGCGGGCGGAUGCACGACCUCCGGAGACGCUGGGACCUGGGCUCCCUCUGCCGGGCCCUGCUCACCAGGGGCCUGGCUGCCCUGGGCCACUCGCUCAAGCACGUGCUUGGAGCGAUCUUCUCCAAGAUCUUCGGCCCCCUGGCCAGCGUCGGGAACAUGGAUGAGAAAUCGAACAAGCUGCUGCUGGCGUUGGUGAUGCUCUUCCUCUUCGCUGUGAUCGUGCUCCAGUACGUGUGCCCCGGCACAGAAUGCCAGCUCCUCCGCCUGCAGGCAUUCAGCUCGCCCGUGCCGGACCCGUACCGCUCGGAGGAUGAGAGCUCCGCCAGGUUCGUGCCCCGUUACAAUUUCAGCCGCGUUGACCUCCUGCGCCAGGUAGACUUCGACAUCAAGGGCGAUGACCUGAUCGUGUUCCUGCACAUCCAGAAGACCGGGGGCACCACUUUCGGUCGCCACCUGGUGCGCAACAUCCAGCUGGAGCAGCCCUGCGAGUGCCGAGUGGGUCAGAAGAAAUGCACUUGCCACCGGCCCGGGAAGCGGGAGACCUGGCUCUUCUCCAGGUUCUCCACGGGCUGGAGCUGCGGGCUGCACGCCGACUGGACUGAGCUCACCAGCUGCGUGCCCACCAUGGUGGACGGAAAGCGCGACGCCAGGCUGAGACCCUCCAGGAAUUUCCACUACAUCACCAUCCUCCGAGACCCAGUGUCCCGCUACCUGAGUGAGUGGAGACAUGUCCAGAGAGGGGCCACAUGGAAAGCAUCCCUGCAUGUCUGUGAUGGAAGGCCACCAACCUCUGAAGAGCUUCCCAGCUGCUACAGUGGUGAUGACUGGUCUGGAUGUCCCCUGAAAGAGUUCAUGGACUGUCCCUAUAAUCUUGCCAACAAUCGCCAGGUACGCAUGCUCUCUGACUUGACCCUGGUAGGCUGCUACAACCUCUCUGUCAUGCCAGAAAAGCAAAGAAACAAGGUCCUCCUGGAAAGUGCCAAAUCGAAUCUGAAGCACAUGGCAUUCUUCGGCCUCACCGAGUUUCAGCGGAAGACUCAGUAUCUGUUUGAGAAGACCUUCAACAUGAACUUUAUUUCACCGUUUACUCAGUAUAAUACCACUAGGGCCUCGAGUGUAGAGAUUAGUGAGGAGAUCCAAAAGCGUAUUGAGGGACUGAAUUUUCUGGAUAUGGAAUUGUACAGCUAUGCAAAAGAUCUUUUUUUGCAGAGGUAUCAGUUUAUGAGGCAGAAGGAGCAUCAGGAUGCUAGGCGGAAGCGUCAGGAACAACGCAAAUUUCUGAAGGGAAGGUUCCUUCAGACCCACUUCCAGAGCCAGAGCCAUGCCCAGAGUCCCAAUCUAAGUCAGCACCCAAAUCUGAAUGCUAAUCAGAAUGUGACGCAGAGUCUCUUUCAGAGUCUGAUUCAGAAUCUGACUCACAACAUGAGUCAGAAUGCAACCCAGAAGCAGAACCCAGGUCAAGAGCAGAGUGAUAGCAAUACCAGCAAUGGUACCAAUGACUACAUAGGCAGUGUAGAGAAAUGGCGUUAAAUGGCUCCAAGGGCUUUCACACAGUUCUCCCAAAGCGCCAGUAAAAGUAUGGCAAAUUUUAAAUAGGAGAGAGUCCAAACACUUCCUGCUUUCUUCAUGCUUGGAAGUUGGAAAGCAAAGUUAAGAUGUUGCCUUUACAGUUGCCUUUCAAUUAAAUGUUACACUGUGUGUGGGUAAAACAAACUUCGAUAUGUAAUUAAAUUGUCUUUUUUUUUUUCUUUUGGUUUGUUGAACUAUUUAUAAAACCCAAAUGCCAAAGCAGGCUCACCAUGAAAUUGCUGUUUAGAUAUUUUCUGAAGUUCUUAAAUUAGUCAUGGAGACAAAAAUGAAGUCAUGCAAUGUGGCUAUUUGACUUAUGGUUAAGAAAACAACUUUAAAUUAUUCAUGAUAUACUGCUAAAACUAAAUAUUGAAAGUAGGCCCCUUUUUUCCUGGGACAAACCUGAGUAUCUGAGUAUGAACACACACACACACACACACACACACACACCCACAAAGAAAGAAAGAAAAGAAAAGAACUUUAACUGAACAUGAAUCCUUUAAUUUUCUUUGAUUUUUAACCAGUAAUCAAUUUAAAUAUAGUAAUAACCGAUGGUAAAUUUUGACAAACUAUGGUAAAGAAAAAAAUUCUCUCCCAAAUAUGGAUAGUGUAAUGUAGAAAUAUUGGCUUUUAAGGUAGAACAGAACUCAUAUCUUGUUACUUAAGAGAUGUUUAAAAUUUUAACCUUUUUCUACCUUCUACUCUUUAAAGGUUUUAAACAGGGUUAGCUCAUAUGAAACAAAACAUUUUUUGAAGUGGAAUACCAAUGUAAAGGUCUAAUUUCCAGACAUUUUCUGGGCACUGUAAUCUCAACAAUUCUGGAAUCCUUUGGCGCUUGCUUCACAUUCAUUUUAAGGCUUCUUCCAAUUGUGCUCAUUUCAAACAAACCCAUUUAUAGAAUCUUUCUUCAUAAUCUAAACGGUGUGUUGCUGAAUUUAUUGUGAUAUAUAGUCCUAGAUUAAAGUCAGGACUUUCUUUCUAUAGAAUUGUCUUAUCAAUGUUUGUGUAGUGAAGUCCUUAUCAAAAAACUGCUAAACCGGAUAACGUAUCUCAAAAUAUUACUGAAGUUCUUCUUGGUCAGAUAGAAUUGAACCUGAAUGUGAAGUAUUAACUUUUUGUACAUUUGUAUUGUAGAGUUUCCAGUUGGGCUGAUUAUUUCUAGCCCAUUUGUUCUUUUUUUUUUUUUUUUGACAGAUUGUAGACAAUGGUGAGAGAGAAAAAAAAAAAGAUGGUAGAAGAAAAAUUUGGGUAGCCAUAGCUAUUCACUAACACCAAAAACUGUACCUCAGUACUUUGAGUUAGCCCUCAGUCAGGUUUUGCUAAGAGAAAAUGCAGAACAAGAUUCUGUAAUGAGGUUGCAUAUAAGGAACAUAUGAGUUGGGGAAAGUAAUACAGUAGUGAAAAUCUACACAGAAACUUUUAGGAUAUCAACUAUGAGUUAAGCAGAGCACAAAUAAUUAUACAAUGCGCUGUACUAUCAAGCAUAUCAUUCUGGGCAGUUUCCAUUUUAUGGCCCUUGUUAUACUCUUCUAAGGACACUAGUCCCCUCAACCCCUGCCCCAUUAUCCUCAAACAAGGCAACAGGAACACAGCAAUUAUGUUUUCAAGAAGGACAUGAUCAGAAAUGUGACCACAAAAGCAUGUCUUAUACAGUCUGCUCAUUUGCAUGAUCACUUAUAAUAAUAUGCCCACAAACUACACAACAAUCCGAGUAUUUAAGUUUAAAAAUAGAUUUCCUUGACUCUGCACCUAUAUAGCUUAAUUUAGCUCUGACUGACAGUGUUGUAGGCCUGGGAAUUCUGAGAACUGGAAAACUGAAAGGAAGUUAAAAAAUUAAACACGCCUUGAAGUCCAAGUGUUUUUGAGUGAAACUAUUUUGUGUACAUUGUGUUUUUUUUAAAUAAAUAUUCUGUAGAUCCCUGUGGUAUUUCAGUUUUGUUAGUUUUAAUUGAUAAUGUUUGCUCUUAAUACUGAUGUGUACUGCUGGGAAGCAGGACAAAGCCUGAGCCAGUGGAAAAGCUUGUUAGAGAAAAGCAUUGUGUGUUGUUGCUGUGGUGUGCAUGGUUUGCAGAGAUUAAGUGCAUUUUCUCUGUCUAUACUGAUUACUGUAUAUAGGGGAUAUUAUAAAUAUAGAAUUUGGUCACCAUCAUGUAAAUCCCAUGAUUUCAACUGUAAACAUCUGUCCAAUGGUGUAGCUUUACAAACCAUUUACUGAUUUUUGUGUAAUUUAAUGAUAGAUUCAAAAUAAAGUUUAAAUUACA